GCCCCGCCCCGCCCCACCUCUUCCGCCGCCGCCGUGGGAAUGGAAACAUCUACCCCACGUGCCGGAAGCCAGCUAGCGCCGACGGUGGCGCGCCACUCCGCGCCUUACCGAGCCGAGCCCCUACAGGUGUCAUCGCGAGACGAGCUCGCCGAAAUGGCCGCAGCCAGUCAAGGAAACUUUGAGGGAAAAUUUGAGUCACUGGAUCUUGCAGAACUUGCUAAAAAGCAGCCAUGGUGGCGCAAGCUGUUUGGGCAGGAAUCUGGGCCUUCAGCUGAAAAGUAUAGCGUGGCAACCCAGCUGUUAAUUGGAGGUGUCACUGGAUGGUGCACUGGUUUCAUAUUCCAGAAGGUUGGAAGGCUGGCUGCCACAGCUCUGGGAGGUGGAUUUUUCCUGCUUCAGCUUGCAAACCAUACUGGCUACAUCAAAGUGGACUGGAAGCGGGUAGAGCGGGACAUGAAGAAAGCCAAGGAGCAGCUGAAGGUCCGCAAGGGCAGCCAGACACCUGCGGAGGUCAAAAGCAAAGCAGACGAGGUGGUGUCGUUUGUGAAGAAGAAUGUUCUAGUGACUGGUGGAUUUUUCGGAGGCUUUCUGCUUGGUAUGGCGUCCUAAAGAGGAUGACUUCACUUCCUUACUCCUGGUUUUUCCAGCCAGCGGCCUCUUCACUCCGUCAUAGGAUAGCAAAGCCUCUCCUCUUCGUCCUCCUCUCCCUCGCCUUCCUCCCUGCCGUGGCGUAUCUGAAUGGCUUCUGUAGGCAUCUGUUGGUACAAGUGGAUAAUGGCCCCACCAUGACCUUGACGGCAAUGGAAGAGACAGUAGACAUUAACUCUUCUCCCACCACACUCCCCCCUUGACUAAUCUCUAGGUCAGCAAGAAUAUUCCUUUGUCCCCUAUGUAAGAUACUUACCAGAACAUGGUACAAGAUGGCUCACCAUGGAGCGUGAGUGGACCCUCAGAGGUUGUCCCAAACUUGAUUAGGAAAAGAAAAGCAAGCAUAUAAGAUACCUUACUAUGUCCUGCCUGGAAAGGAACUGAAUACAUUUGCCUGUAAGCAUGAAAGAUUUUGGUAUCUUGGUGUCUACUUUCUUUUGUAGUAGAUUUUAGGUUACAGAAUGAGAACUACUUGUACUGGCUCUAAUUAUCCUGACAGAAUGGGAGCAUGCGCACUACAGUUGAAAAAUCUGCAUAUGGAAUGAACUUGCGCUAAAGAUACAUAUGCUGAGCUGAAGGUAUUGUGUUUGGUGGGAAGGUCUUUAGGGAAACCAACCAAUAGAUACAUUUAGGAUGGUCAGACUUAGUGAAUCACUUAGAGGCAUUGCGGUAUUAUCUACAGAUGUUUUCCACCAUACAGGAUAAUGCAUCUCAUGCUGGUUUCCAAAGGAUUUAUUUAUGGUAAAAUAAGUGACUUUAGGUGGAAGAGGGAAGAAGCUCUUGGAUUUUUAUUUAAUAGAAAAGGUUUUAAGCUUUGAAAUGUGAAAUAUUCUUUACCUCUUGUCAAACAUCAGGGGUAGCCGUAGCUCCUCUGUGCCAGUUCUACUAUUUAUCCAGUUAGUAUGAAAUAUAUAACAUUUGAACCAGAGUUUUUAAAUGGUGGCAUUCCAAGCAUUAAGAAUUGAGAACAGUAGCAAUAGCAACAGCACAUGUGAAAUAAAUUAUUUCUAUCAUCAAAGGUAAUCUGUCUCAGGAAGACCCCAACUCUUAGAAUUUUUCUUUAAAAUAAAAGUUUAUAGAUAUAUCCAUGCUUAGAAACUUAACACAUUUUUCUGUACUGGCCUUCUGUUGUACCAUCUAGAAUACCCACUGCAGGAAGGCAAGGCUUGUGUCUUCACCAUCAUAUCCAUGGAGCCAAGCACUUAAUAAGUACUCAGUAUCUGUUGAAUAUAUGAAUAAUGAGCUCAUAGGAAAGUAUCUGGAAAAGGCACUGAUCCACAGGAUUGUGAGACUUUAGGAGUUCUGAAAAUUUGGAAAACUUGGAAUUAACUUCUUAAACUUGCAGGUGACCCCUUGCAAAAUGUAUGUUCUUAAGGCCUUCCUUUUAAAAUGUUUGCCUUUUAACUUACCUUGGGAAUGAUGUAUUGAAUUUGGAAAUUGUAGCUACUAGUGGAUGUGUGGAAUUUUUUAGAAUUCAUCCAUUUGCAUUCUUCUCCUUAUGGUAGUAUUUUAAGGCAACAUUAAGUUUUGCUUGUAACAUGUAUGAAUUAUAUACAAAUCAUAAUGCUAUGAGCCACAUUGUUCCAUAUUUUUGUAGAAGAACUCAAAUUUUUUUCACUUUUUAUUAUGGAAACAUUCAAACAUAUAUAAAAAUACAGAAAAUAGUACAAUGACCCCCAUGUGUCCAUCAACCACCUAUAAUGAUCAUCAAAUUACAUCUUGUUUUAUCAAUUGUUUUGAAACAAAUACCAAAUGUGUCAUUUUAUUAUAUUUUGGUAUGUGUCUGUAAAAGGUAAGAAUUCAUCUUAAAAAUCAUAAAUGCAAUACCCUAUUAUUAUACCCAUCUGACCCCACCCAGACCAGUGGAAUGGGGGCUGCAGGUAGUGGGGUGGGGUGGCCUUUUUCCAUCUCUUUUUCCUGUGAUUAUUGGUGAUGACAAAGAUUAGCAGGUUGCUCUAAGCUGCUUUGAGCGGGUUAUAAUAGAUAAUAGACUGAAGUAAGAUUCUAGCUUCCACCUGAGGGACAUGGUUGAGGUCAGUGUUACGGGUUGGCCUCAUCCUAUUGCAAUCAGGAUGGCUCUGAGUUCUGCCCGCUGAGUGGGGCCACCACAGGUGGAGGGGCAGAGUGGGUGCUGAGGUUGAACAGUGGCGGCGCUCUGGUGCUCAUCACUGGUGGCAUUUAGGAGAGCUCCCUCAGGCAGUUAGGGGAGCCUCUAAAUGGAGGCCCUGUUGUCAGCAGCUUUGCUUCAGGUGGCGAAGUGAGAGGUUUCCCCCCAAAGAACAGCUGCCACCCCUUCACGCAAAACUGAGACACCAGGACCAGGCAACUUCACCCGUGGAUGCUCUGUUUCCAUGUGACUGGCAAGGCCUGUUUCACGAUGCAUUUUUCUCCAGUACCCAGAAUCCAGUAACAUGCUGUGCCUCCUUAGUGAUGGGGGCUGAAGAGAUGGCAGAUUUUCUUUGACUGACGGAGGGAUUAAGCGUUUCCAGUCGUCACUUUGACCGUGUUUGGGUUUUGGCUCCCCUUGUUCGGGGCUUCCCUGCCUGUAGUUGGGCCUGGACUGGAGAACCUCUGACAGCUGGUGGCCAGAGUGCCUAUGAGGGUCUUCUCCCUUUUUUCUGCUCACCCCAGAGCCCCCAUGUGCUCCUUCUGUCCCCUCCUGGCAUCUCUGCCACUCUGGACCACCCUUUGACCCAGCGUCCCUCCUUGUGAUGGACCAGGUGGGAUGGGGAGCUAUAAGCAAAGGAGGGGGAGAGGGAUCAGGUCCAACAAGUAGACCCCCGUGUCUUCAGUCUUUCUAAGGCUCUGUAUCCUCACUGCUAACACGGUUUGAGCGUGGGGACACCUCCGCCUGAGUGGCCCCAUUGUCGUGAGUGUCACUGUCAUUGACUUUCCUCCCGUUGCCCAUCCGGGCCACUUCUCUGCUCCCGCCCCUCAGCCUCAGGACACUCAUUAACAGGCUGACAUUCCCCCCUGCUGGACCUGGCAGAACACAGGACAUGACUAAAGGAGUGAAUCUUACAUAAUUCUAGCUAACAUACUCUUGGGGUGGGUGCUCAUGGUUUUGAAAUGCUUAACUACUGUGAAAAUGUUCUCCCCAUCAUCCUUUUGUUUGACUUUUGCCGGAAAGAUGGACGUGACUAAUGGUUGAACUCUUAUUUGGAAACCUACUUUUGUGUCGUUUGGGAGAUGUAAUAAGUUUCUGAUUGAAAAAAAUGGUGUAGGGAUAGAUUUUAAAUAUCUGAGAAUCAUUAAUGUUUCACGAUGAAACACUAGUUUCUUCUCUCAGGGAAAUUUACUUAGGGCCAGUUUUGGACCCUGCAGGCAAAAUUAGACUGCUGCCCUCUCUGCUCCCUCCACCAGCUUACCAGCUUCAUUUCUUUGUCAUGGUUCUAGGUCUGGGGGCUUCUUAAUCACUUAUACAAUAGUAGUGUGAGCUCUUGGAGAACUGGGCAGAAAACAUACCUUAUUCUGGACCUGAUUUCCCAGAAAUCAUACAGUGUGGCUUAUGUCUCUGAUAUUUGAUACUUAAGGAAUCAUGAAUUUCAAGAGCACUAUUUUUCUAGCGAAAACUGAGUGUUGCACUUUCUUCACGUUUUUAGAAAACUGUAAAGUCAGCUUAUUGAAACACCAAAACUACCGUCCUGAAUUUGAAAUGGUCAGAAAUGCCAUUAUGAUGAUUGAGAGCAGUGGUUUGCAUCCUUGCUUGCCUGCCUGCCGUCCUGGAGACUCUGGUUGCACUGGUAGCGGCGGGGCAGCCUCAGGUGUUUGAGGAGCAUCUAAGGUUGGGAACCACUGAACUACAGACUUGGAAGCUGGUGUAAUAACGUCACAGUUCUGCUGAACAGGCCUUUAAUACCUUUUAAAUUAAGUGCCAUACAAUUUCAGAUGCCUUCCAAGUACUGAACAGAGUAUAAUAUUAGUUUAUUAAAUGUUAUAGGAAUUGUGUGGAGUGGAUGCAUGAGUGGCAUGAUGGCUGACCAGGGCCUUCUGUCAUCAGUAGAUGUAAAGCUCUUGGACAGAAGGUUGUGGGGUAAUGGAGUGUUCAUAUGGUGCCACCAUAUCACCCCACAAAUGAGCUCCCGUGACCAAGGGAAAACUACCUUUCCAGUGGAGAGGUCUGUCUCAGUCAUUAGUUAACCAAGUGA